AUGAGUGAAGAUAAGAACGUUAUACUCGUCACUGGUGGUUCAGGACUAGUCGGACAGGCUAUAAAGACUGUUAUAGAAGAAGAAAGAAAAUUAGACAGUGAGCCAGUUAGAAAUGAAACUUGGAUUUUUUGUGGCUCCAAUGAUGGGGAUUUGAGAGAUAAAACCCAAACUGAGGCAUUGUUUGAAAAACACAGACCAACUCAUGUAAUACAUUUAGCAGCCAUGGUAGGAGGCCUAUUUCACAACAUGGCUCAUAAUUUGGAUUUCUUUAGAGAAAACAUGUCUAUAAAUGAUAAUGUUUUGAAUGUGAGCUACAAUUAUAAAGUUAAGAAAGUAGUAUCCUGUCUCUCUACAUGCAUAUUUCCCGAUAAGGUCACCUAUCCCAUUGACGAGACUGUGAUACACAAUGGUCCACCCCAUCCAUCCAACUAUGGCUACAGCUAUGCAAAGAGGAUGGUUGAUAUUUUGAACAGAGGGUAUCACUCCCAGCAUGGUUGUAUGUUCACAUCAGUAAUACCAUGUAAUGUCUUCGGACCUCAUGAUAACUUCUCCCUGGAGUCGAGUCAUGUCAUCCCUGCCUUGAUACGAAGAAUGGAUGAUACUAUUAAAAAGGGCGAGCCAACCUUCACUGUACUCGGCAGUGGAAAACCUCUACGUCAGUUUAUAUACUCCCUGGACCUGGCUAAAUUAUUUGUGUGGGUGUUGAGGAAUUACAACAGUGUGGAACCAAUCAUAUUAUCAGUUGAUGAAGAUGAUGAAGUUACAAUCAGUCAAGUGGCAGAGGCGAUAAAGAAUGCUCAUGGUUAUCAAGGAAAGAUUGUAUAUGAUACAAGCAUGGCAGACGGACAAUACAAGAAAACAGCUUCAAACAAGAAACUGAGAUCCCUAUACAAAGAAUUCAACUUCACACCUUUUGAUAAAGCUAUUAAAGAUACGGUUGACUGGUUCAAGGAUAACAGAGACCGAGCUAGACUAUAG